GGUAGAGUUGCUCACUGCUUCAGGCUCACUGCCAGUAAAAGUGUUCCCAAAGCAGGAUGGUGAGGGUUGGAGUCAACGGAUUUGGCCGUAUCGGGCGUCUCGUAACCAGGGCUGCAUUUCAAACAGGCAAAGUAGAUAUUGUGGCCAUUAAUGAUCCUUUCAUUGAUAUAAACUACAUGGUUUAUCUGUUCAAAUAUGAUUCAACUCAUGGAAAAUUUCAAGGCUCUGUCAGAGCUGAUUAUGACAGGCUGGUGAUAAAUGGAAGAUCUAUUACUGUCUCCCAGGAAAAGGAUCCUGCCAAUAUCAGAUGGGGAAGUGUUGGUGUUGAAUAUGUCAUAGAAUCUACUGGUGUCUUCACCACCAUGGAGAAGGCUCAGGCUCACCUGAGGGGGGGCUGCAGACGAGUCAUCAUCUCUGCUCCUUCAGCUGAUGCCCCCAUGUUUGUGAUGGGAGUAAACCAUGAGACCUAUAAUAAUUCUUAUACAGUAGUUAGUAAUGCCUCAUGUACUACCAACUGUUUGGCCCCUCUAGCCAAGGUCAUCCAUGAAAACUUUGGCAUUGUAGAAGGACUCAUGACUACGAUCCAUGCCACUACUGCUACCCAGAAGACUGUAGAUGGCCCUAGUGGCAAAAACUGGCGUGAUGGCCGUGGAGCUGGCCAGAACAUCAUUCCUGCUGCCACGGGGGCUGCCAAGGCUGUGGGCAAAGUCAUCCCUGAACUUAAUGGCAAACUUACUGGCAUGGCCUUUCGAGUCCCUGUUCCUAAUGUGUCAGUUGUAGAUCUGACCUGCCGCCUGGAGAGACCUGCCACAUUUGAUGAUAUCAAGAGGCUUAUGAAACAAGCAUCUGAGGGACAUAUGAGAAAUAUCCUUGGCUACACAGAGGACCAAGUUGUAUCCACUGAUUUCAUUGGUGACGUCAACUCUUGCACUUUUGAUGCUGAAGCUAGUAUUGCCCUCAAUGAUUACUUUAUUAAACUCAUUGCCUGGUAUGAUAAUGAAUUCGGUUAUAGUAACCGUAUGUUGGAUCUCAUUGUCUAUAUGUCCUCCAGGGAAUAAUGCAGAGAAGCUGUGGAUCUUCAACAUUAAGCAGAAGUGUUCUGCAGCCUAGGUGUUCCUAUGCUAAAUUUACUUCGUUACAACAACAGUUCUCAUUCCAAGGUAGUUCCCCUUCACUUAAUAGAGGGGAGAAGCAUUGAGUCCUGUAUUCUUUACCAUCAAUAAAGUCAGCACUGUACCCACUA